ACUCAUUUGCGUAAUGAAAAAUUACAUCUUCAUAUGCAAAAGGUGAUUUUUGUGAUCCUUGCCUUGAGGCACUCUUACCGGUUAGAGGGUUAAAGCGAUAUCGGCUGAAAAACAGGUAAAGCAUUAAAUAUUUACUUUUAAUAAAGUUUUACAUGUGUCAAUAAAUUUACUUUUGUUUUGAAAGGUUCUUUGCGCUUUGCGAUUCUACGCCACGGGAUGUUAUCAACGGCCUGUAGGGGAACAAUUGGGAAUUUCACUAACUCAGUAAUCUACCAGCCGCUGCAUACACAAGGUAACCGAACCCAUCAAUAGCCGCUUUUUCUUGUCGGAAGUGAAGUUCCCCAUGACCAAAAUAGAACGUCAAGCUGCCAAGGAAGCGUUUUCCUUAGCUCCUGCGCCUUUCGUCGGAGGAACCAUCGGGGCGAUCGACUGCACCCACAUAUCCAUUUUGGGUCCUAAAGAUAAUGAGGAAGCAUACGUCAAUCAUCAUGGAUAUCAAUCCAUAAAUGUGCAAAUGAUAUGUGACCCAAAUCUUAAAAUCCUUAACGUGAAUGCCAGGUAUCCGGGAGCCCGACAUAACUCCUAUAUUUGGAGCUCUUCCGCUGUGCGACAAGUCAUGCAGCGAGCUUUUGAAAAUGGAAACCGCAAUAUAUUUUUAAUUGGGUGUUCUGGAUACCCAUUAGAGCCACGGCUCAUGACUCCUUUACCCAACCAGCCAGAAGGGUCACCAAAAUUUCGGCACAAUGAAGCGCUCUGCAAGGCACGGAACCCGAUUGAGAGACUCUUUGGCGUCCUAAAAGGAACUUGGCGAUGCUUAUCACAACAAAGGAUUCUGUUAUAUGACCCCGCUUUCGCUGGUAAAGUCGUUAACGCGUGUGCAGCCCUUCACAACAUUCGUUUGAGUGAGCGGUCAAUUAGCGAUCCUAUUGAAAAUUUUUCAACAGAUUUUGAGAAUUCGGACAGAAUUUUCGAAAGCCCAAAUGCAUCAUGUUCCACUGCAAAACGUGUACAAGAAAGAUUGAUGACAAACUUCUUUUCCUAAAAUUUGUAUGAUUACACUUCUAAGAGUUCAAAAAAUUAAAGCUUAGAAUCAAAUAUUUAUAAGUACAUACUUUAUUAAAAAUGUAAAUAUCACACGCUAUUUUUGCUUAAUCGUAUAUUAACAUUAAUCACACUAGAUCAUAAGCUUUUAAAGAAGGUAUAACCUCUAUUCUGCUCAUUUCUUAUGUUAAAUUUUCCCCUCAAUCCAAAUAUGCAGUCAGGGAUUUA